GGCACUAUAUAUAGUUCCCAGCCGCCAGGCUGCUGAGCAUCUCAGGGGGGCCGGUGCGCCCCGCGCUCUGGGUCUCGCCCCCGUGCCCGGCCCACCGCGCGGAUGGAGGCGGCGGGAGACCGCCUGUGUGCGCGCACGUGAGCGAGCAGGGACGUGGCCCGCUGCUGACCAGCCUGGGAUUUAUGGAGAGGGCCUCGGGGGGUAGCUCUGAAUACUGCUGGGCCCAACAUCCCCGCCACGCCUGCUGCUGAGGAGGCCCCCGUGCCUCUCGCCCUCACCAUUGCCCUCGCCCGCCGAUGGCCCCUGCUGUCCGGCCCCGGGCCGGCUCUGCGGCCUGAGCCCCCGGGCCCUCUCCAGGACUCUCAGUACCCCGAUGGGGUAACGUGACUGAGGCCCCGAGCGUCAGAGCCGCCCGCCGCCACGGCUGCCGCCUACCACCCCUACCCCCAUCCCGAGGGUGCCCUGUGGGUUCAGUUCAAGUUCAGGUUCCAUCUGGUCCUUGAGGGUCCGGGGCCCGCCUUCGAGUGCAGGGGGCCGCUUGCCCGUCCACCGAUGCGGAUGGCGCCGGGCAGAGCCCCAGCGGCAGACUCACUCUGGGCUUUGUGAGGUCUUCUUGGCCGGGGUUUGGGUGUCCCCAUUUUCCCUUUUGCCCCUCAUCGUUGCCCAGCUCCCUGCGUUGGGGGCGUCGGCUGCCACCCCGCCCUGGGGGCUGUCUUCCCUUGUGCUUGUGAAGAGCCGGACUCGGGGCCCAGGCCCUACACCCCCCGGGCAUCGCACAGUGUCUGUGCAGGGGGGUCGGGACUACGAAGCGCUUUCUGUGUGUCGGGCAAGCACCGGGAUCUCUGUCUCCUUGGGGCGCGGGGGCUCGUGGGGGCCUCACCUCCCCGGGCCUCGCCGCGACGGCGGAGCAGCAUGGCGCGGAUGAACCGGCCGGCCCCCGUGGAGGUGAGCUACAAGAGCAUGCGCUUCCUGAUCACGCACAACCCUACCGACGCCACCCUCAGCACCUUCAUCCAGGACCUGAAGAAGUACGGGGCCACCACCGUGGUGCGAGUGUGUGACGUGACCUACGACAAGGCUCCUCUGGAGAAGGACGGCAUCACUGUCGUGGACUGGCCCUUUGAUGACGGGGCGCCCCCGCCCGGGAAGGUGGUGGAGGACUGGCUGAGCCUGCUGAGGGCCAAGUUCUGCGAUGACCCUGGCAGCUGCGUGGCCGUUCACUGUGUCGCCGGCCUGGGACGGGCCCCAGUGCUUGUGGCGCUGGCUCUCAUCGAGAGCGGGAUGAAGUAUGAAGACGCCAUCCAGUUCAUCCGACAGAAGCGGCGCGGAGCCAUCAACAGCAAGCAGCUCACCUACCUGGAGAAAUACCGGCCCAGGCAGAGGCUGCGGUUCAAGGAGCCGCACGCGCACAGGACCAGGUGCUGCGUCAUGUAGCCCGGGGCCUCCGGGGCCUCUGCGCGGACCGCGGCCACCGCCUCGCUGCCGCCCGCUCGCCUUCUCUCCCGGCCCUCGGCCCCUCGGCACCCCUGUCCGCGGCUCAGGCUCGCCCUGCGCUGGCUCCUUCCUCCGUUUGUGCCGUGUCUCCGU